GAUUUUUGUGCUUUUGCUUCUUUCUCUUCUUUCUCUUCUGUCCAUCUGUCUCUAUUCCUUACCCGAUCUUAAAUUCUACAUCCCCAGGACAAAGCUGACAUAAUCAUGCCUGAAAGAGAUGUCUAUAACCCUUUGUUGUUUGAAAUUGCAUGGGAAGUUGCCAACAAAGUCGGUGGUAUCUAUACCGUAAUCAAGACAAAGGUUCCGGUUACUGUCCAUGAGUUUGGAGACAGAUACUGCUUAAUAGGCCCUCUGUCUUACAAGACUGCCCCAAUGGAAGUCGAGGCUCUCGAGCCACCAAACGGGAAGAUACGGGAGACUCUGGAAGCCAUGGCUGCUCACAAUGUCAAAUACCUUUUCGGGCGUUGGCUUGUGGAGGGAUCUCCUUAUGUGCUCUUAUUUGACACCGGUAGUGUCCAGCACAAGAUGGACGAGUGGAAGGGUGAUCUCUGGAGAUCGGCAGGUAUUCCGAGUCCCCCUAAUGACACCGAAACAAACGAGGCCAUUCUGUUUGGAUAUCUUGUUACCUGGUUUCUCGGUGAAUUGGCUGCAAAGUACAAUCAACCUUCCGAUCCAGCCAUUAUUGCUCAUUUCCACGAGUGGUUAGCAGGCGUAUCUAUCCCAUUGCUCAAGAAGAGACGCGUUGAUGUUACUACAAUCUUCACUACUCACGCCACUCUGCUUGGUCGCUAUCUAUGUGCUGGGUCUGUGGAUUUCUACAACAACCUGCGUGGAUUUGAUGUUGAUCAAGAAGCAGGCAAGAGAGGCAUUUAUCACAGAUACUGUAUCGAACGUGCAGCUGCCCACUGCUCAGAUGUCUUUACUACCGUCAGUCACAUCACAGCCUAUGAAAGUGAACAUCUCCUGAAGCGUAAACCGGACGGUGUGUUGCCCAACGGUCUCAAUGUAGUCAAGUUCCAGGCUGUUCAUGAAUUCCAAAACAAACAUGCCCUCAACAAGGAAAAGAUCAAUGACUUUGUCCGGGGUCACUUUUAUGGCCAUUACGAUUUCGAUCUUGAAAAUACAGUCUAUUUCUUUACUGCCGGUCGAUACGAGUACCGAAAUAAAGGUGUCGAUAUGUUUGCAGAAUCAUUGGGACGUCUCAAUGAUCGUCUCAAGGCUGCAAAGUCAAAUACGACUGUUGUUGCGUUUAUGGUAAUGCCAGCUGAAACACACAGUUUCAAUGUGGAAGCACUCAAGGGUCAGGCAGUCACAAAACAAUUGCGUGAGACUGUAAAUGAGAUUCAGGGACGCAUUGGAAGACGUAUCUUUGAAAAGGCACUAAGAGGAGAAGAACUCUCGGCCGAAGACUAUCUAUCAGAAGAAGAUCGUGUGCUAUUAAAGCGACGCGUGUUUGCCCUCAAGCGCACUAGUCUUCCUCCAAUUGUGUCACACAACAUUGUGGACGAUGGGAAUGACCCUGUUAUUAACCAACUCCGUCGCCUGCAACUGUACAACAAACCGGAAGAUCGGGUCAAGAUCAUUUUCCACCCUGAGUUCCUCAAUGCAAACAAUCCUUUGCUUGGUCUUGACUACGAAGACUUUGUCCGUGGAUGCCAUCUUGGCGUCUUUCCUUCAUACUAUGAGCCUUGGGGUUAUACUCCAGCAGAGUGCACUGUAAUGGGUGUACCCUCCAUCACAACAAACUUGUCUGGCUUUGGUUGUUUCAUGGAUGAGAAUAUCGAAAACUGUGAAGACUAUGGUAUUUACAUUGUCGAUCGUCGGAUGAAGUCAGUAGAGGAAUCAAUCCAGCAGCUGUGUGAGCAAAUGUUCCGAUUCUGCCAAAAGACUCGCCGCCAGCGUAUCAACCAGCGUAACCGUACCGAACGUCUGUCUGAUCUGCUGGACUGGAAACGCAUGGGCCUUGAGUACAUCAAGGCACGCCAACUGGCCCUUAGACGGGCAUAUCCGGACUCGUUCGUCGAUGAAGAAGAGGACGAAGAGGUGUUCCGGAAGAUUCCAAAACCGCUUUCGGCACCUGCAAGUCCACGCGUCCGCAACCUGGACAGCUUUAAUGUAGAUGAGGACGCAGAGGAAGAUAUCCCUUCGUACCAGCUGCGAUCCAAAAAGGAGUACCCGGCCAUGAGCCAUCAGAAUGACAAGACCCGAGAAGAUGAACUGUUGCGAGAAGGUGACAUCAAGACAUUGAAUAAGCUGUCUAUCGGUGACAAGAAACAAAAGAAUCCUUAUUAAAAAAUAAAAGUAAAUAAAUAAAAAUAUAUAUUCUUUCUCAUUUUUUUUUCUUUUUUUCACUUGCAUUAAAAUAUGGCUGUAUCUGUGCUUGUAUAUAUAUACAAUUUAUAUAAUACAAAAUAUAAUAUAAUAUAGUAUAAUAUAAGCAUCAAGUAAAGAAC